AUGGAAACGGGGUACCUGAAGAGAUGCUUUGGAAAUUGCCUGGCCCAGGCACUGGCAGAGGUGGCAAAGGUUCGGCCCAGUGACCCAAUAGAGUACUUGGCUCACUGGCUUUAUCAUUAUCGGAAAACCACAAAGGCAAAAGAAGAGAGCAUGCAAGAGAAGACCCAGCUGAAAGAGGAGUAUGACAAGAGUCUCCAGGAAACAGAAAUGGCAGAAAUGGUGAAACAAGGAGAGUAUCAAAUUCAACAGAAAGAUGAAAAGGAUCACAAGGUACCGAUUUCUGUAGCUAUAUCUACAAAGAAGACCAUAUUCACACAGGAAAGCAUUGAUCCACUUGAGAAGGAGGCCUUGCAGCAGGAAUCCCUGCCAGGUACCUCCAAGAUCCCUCCAUUAAUGCCUUAACAGAUUCCCUCUUCAGAAUCAGCUGGCCAGACUUGGAACUUCAGAACUCCACAAGUUGCUCCUGAAAUGCCUUCUGACUCCAUAUCUCUGUAUUAG